UCACUGCCAAAUUUUAAACAAAAUGAGUUUUCUGUUGUUCGACAACAUGAGGAAUUUAUUUGGCUUCACGAUUCCUUCGUUGAAAAUGAAGAUUAUGCAGGUUACAUUAUCCCACCAGCACCACCAAGACCUGACUUUGAUGCUUCAAGGGAAAAACUACAGAAGCUUGGAGAAGGAGAGGGAUCGAUGACGAAGGAAGAAUUCACAAAGAUGAAACAGGAACUAGAAGCUGAGUAUUUGGCAAUAUUCAAGAAGACAGUUGCAAUGCAUGAAGUGUUCCUCUGUCGUGUGGCAGCACAUCCUAUUUUGAGAAAAGAUUUAAAUUUCCAUGUCUUCUUGGAAUAUAAUCAAGACUUGAGUGUGCGAGGAAAAAAUAAAAAAGAGAAACUUGAAGAUUUCUUUAAAAACAUGGUUAAAUCAGCAGAUGGAGUAAUUGUUUCAGGAGUAAAGGAUGUAGAUGAUUUCUUUGAGCAUGAGCGAACAUUCCUUUUAGAGUACCAUAACCGAGUGAAGGAUGCAUCUGCUAAAUCUGAUAGGAUGACAAGAUCCCACAAAAGUGCUGCAGACGAUUACAAUAGAAUUGGUUCUUCAUUAUAUGCUUUAGGAACUCAGGAUUCUACAGAUAUAUGCAAGUUUUUUCUCAAAGUUUCAGAAUUGUUUGAUAAAACAAGAAAAAUAGAAGCACGAGUGUCUGCUGAUGAGGACCUCAAACUUUCUGACCUUUUAAAAUAUUACUUAAGAGAAUCUCAAGCAGCUAAGGAUCUCCUCUAUCGAAGAUCUAGGUCACUGGUGGAUUAUGAAAAUGCUAAUAAAGCACUGGAUAAAGCAAGAGCAAAAAAUAAAGAUGUUCUGCAAGCUGAAACUUCCCAACAGUUAUGUUGUCAGAAAUUUGAAAAAAUAUCUGAAUCUGCAAAACAAGAACUAAUAGAUUUUAAGACAAGAAGAGUUGCUGCAUUCCGAAAAAAUUUAGUGGAACUGGCAGAGUUAGAACUGAAGCAUGCAAAGGGUAACCUACAGUUGCUGCAGAACUGUCUGGCAGUGUUAAAUGGAGACACAUAAGCCACACUCCACCUUCCUGUUAAAAAGGGCUGCCUUCCUUCAAAUGUUAUUUUUGUUUUCUUAAUGAUAUUAGGCAUUUAUGCUCACUGGAAACAAACAAAACAACAGCUGACAAAGUGCAUCUACUCUUCUUUUUCUGACAAACAAUGGAGCGGCACUGUGCACAGGCAAUACCAGCCUGUGUGGUGUAACGCUGCACUGUGUUCCUUGGACGUUUGUCCAUAAUCGUACACUCGUCCUCCUCAGAAAUCCAAAGUUCGGUCUUUUUUUAAUAAUUAGCCUUUGUAACUGUGUUUAUUUUAUAAAUAUUAUUCCUUAUGGCUGCCAAUCUCAUUUACCUUUAAAUAAUUUCUGAAGUUGAAUUCUUUCAAAAUGCAUUGUACAAACAAGAUAAUGAUUGCCUUUCUUGAAUUUUUUUGUUU